AUGCGUUUCAAUCUGAUUGGUGAUAGCGGUGAUUCAUACUCGACCGUCGGUUUCUGGCCUGGGGGACAACUACCGUCAGCCUCCAACCCCAUAGGAAAUCCCGGACUGCCUGGGCAGACGACUUCUGCUGGUCUCAACUGGGUUGGACAUGUCACGUCAACUCUCAACACAUCAUUGAUCCUCACAUACGACUUUGCUUACAGUGGAGCGACUGUCGACAAGAAGAUCGUCAACUCAUGGGCCCAGUAUUCGAUGUCGGAACAGGUAGACCUCUAUAAACAAUAUGUUGCGCCUGAGAUUACAAAAGCCGAUACACUCAUCGCAUUCUGGAUUGGUAUCAACGACGUGGGUGAGGCGUUUUGGAGCAAGAAGAGUGCUCUUGUUACCGAAUGCGUAAACAGAUAUUUUGAGCUCCUGCAGACUCUUGUCAAUGAUGGCUACAGCAAAUUCGUUUUGCUGAGUAUUCCUGCAUACGCGGAUCAGUUCCCCAAGAUGAUAGGUCAACCGGAUGUUGAUCUAGCACGGCUUAGAUCCGACAUCAUUUCUUACAACAACGCUGUCAAAGCCAAAGCAGCUAGCUUCACAUCCUCUCAUCCAAAUGUCAAAAUUCAUGUAUUCGAUACCAAGCCCUCGUUCGAUCAGGUUGUCAAUAAUUAUGCGGCUUACGGAGCCAAAGAUGCUACUUGCUUCGGCGCUAGUAACUGUCUUUGGGCAGAUGACUACCAUGCCAGUGGCGCCAUCCAUAAGCUGCUGGCCCAGAACUUGGUGAAAGCAGUGAAGGGAAUUUUUGUCUUCUAG